AUGAUUUCCCUUAGCCUGUUCGAUGAUCUUCUUAUUGAUGAAGAACAACCACCAUUAACGCCGCCGCCGCCUCUUCAACCUCAAACCCACAAAAAAGUACGCCUGUUUGGUGUUUGCAUAUCACCUGAUGAGAAUAUUCAUCCUAAUUCACUACUCUCUCCUCCUCCUCAAACCCACAUAAACCCUUACUCAAACCCUAAUUUGAAAAGACUGUUUCAAGAUAUUAACCCUCAACAUAUUUUCUUGCCAAAUAAAAGACUCGUGAUCAGAGAAUCCGAUCCAGCUAUUGCUCCUUAUUCAAGCCCAACAAUGUCCCAAUCUACAGGAACUAUUGUUCAGAAAAAGAGAAAGCUGAGGGCCAAGGGAAUAAUUGUACGAAAUGAGCCGGAGCCUUUUCCCGAACUGCUUCCUCCAAGAAUCUUGCAACAAAUACAAUGUAAUGGAGGGACACAGCCGAUUUUCUUGUUCAAGAAAAUGCUUACGCCAUCUGAUGUUGAAUCGGGAGAGAAUCGGCUCUUUCUUUCUCGUAAAGAAAAGCCGAUACGAAAACUGAUGGAGUUCUUGACUGAAGCGGAAAGAAAUGAAGUUGAAAGAGAUGGUGUUGAGGCUCCCACCAUUGAUCCCAAAGGUGAUCACCACGUAUUAGAAUUGAAGAGGUGGCCCAGCGUGCCAAUAUUUGUUCUGAAAAAGGAAUGGAGUAAACUGGUUAGAGAAAACAAAUUGGAGAAAUACGAUUGGAUUCAACUCUGGGGCUUUCGCCAAAAUUCUACAUUCCGUUUGGCUUUCAAUAUCAAGAAAGCGGGGAAAAAAGGCAUCCAGGGUGAUGAUGAAAGCAGCAGCGGAGGUGGUAGUAACCUUGAAGGCAGUGGCAGUAGCGACAAGGGAAAUAACGGUGGUGACACCGGCAGUAGCAGUGGUGGCAGCGGCUUUGUCGAUAGUAUCAUCGCCGUGGCGUAG